AAAGUUUGAGUUAUGGAUCCUUUUUUUUAGUGGCGGAAACGGGCUUCCAUACUUAUGCCUGCAUAUUUGUUAAAUACAAACAAAAUUAUAGCAAAAGUGCUGCCACGUGUCUGGCCAGAAAGAGCUGUUUAUUUGGUAGUUCAAUGAAAGGCUUCAGGUAGUCAAGAGUGAGGAAAAAAUUGCGUUCAUGUUUGCAGUUUUUUCUUGUUAAACAUUAUUUGAAAUUAAAUAGAACAAAGAAAACACUACAUUUUAGGAAAUAUUAGUGGGUGUUUUCUUGUUUGUUUUCUUGUACUACUUGAACACUAAAGUGGCCCUCCAGUGAGAUGACGGUGCCAGAAGGGGCCCCAGGCUCAUUUGAGUUUGAGACCCCGGGUGUAAGAUGUCACGUGUUGUUGUUUAUGGGAUCAUAUUAGAAGCUAGAAUCUCCUGAUGUGUUAAACCUUUGCACGUCUUUUGAAAAACUAAAAAAGUUCAGAUAUGGGACACUUUGCGUUACCAAGAGAAUUCUUCUCAGUUUAGCUCCUUAGAAGCAAAUGGUUUUUUUUGUGGGUUUUUAAAAAAAAAAAGUUUUAUUUUUUAUGGAUUGUUCAUACUUCUCAGUUAAACCCAAGAUCAAAAUGUGCGUGUGUUUCCUCAGGGUGUGGUGCUAUUCAUCCAUCUACAUUGGUCUGGUGAGAAUUACCCAGGUUUGGAGCUACUGUGUUGCUCAAAGUGCAAAAAAUGCAUUUGAAACACUAUCUGGUUAUGUCUCUCUCUACAACUCAUGUGGUCAUCUGUUUCUAUGCAACUCACUCCCCUCCAAAGGUUGGGGUGUGGCCAGCUAACAUGAGGGCGGUCACCAUCAGUGCUGACGUUCUGUCUCGUUGUCCCACCACAAGCGUCUCAUCACAGAUAAAUGCAUGCUCCCUUUGGCACGGUGGUGCAGUUGGCAGGUGUAGUUUCAUAAGGAGAAGAAACGGCUCACAACAAGAUUUCUGGAAACAGAUGUUGUUACUUUCUUUAUUCCGAUAUAUUUUUUCAUAGGCAUAGUGCCACUUAGUUCCAUUAUAUUGAAGAGGAGUCAGACAUGUUUACGCCACAUGUCUCUGAAACCUUUUAGAUGGAUAAGCAGCAACUACAGAGGAAAAACAUGGAAAUCAGAGUUUGCCGUCAAUCAUUCCUUUGUUUUUUGUUAAUAUGCAUAAAAAAAUACUGAAGAGGAAAUUCUCCAAACACAGAAAAGUAGAUCCUGAGUCCUGAGUGGUUAACCCCGUGUUCAGCGCCUCAAACCUCCCUCCUGCCGUUUGUCCAAUCUGCCGAGUCUGUGGGCGUGUGUGCGGCUCUGUCGAUAUCGCCCGUGACGGUUCCUAUGCCGCCCCGCUGAUGGGGAUUAAACAUUCAUCAUCAUGUUUAUUAAUGACCAGCAGGCAUCAGGGGUCUCCAGGCUGUCACACACAUGCUGCAGACAAGCUAAAGCUCACGAUUUCUGGCACUUUCUCUCAAGAACUUGCACACAGAAUAAUAAACGCACAGCUACCUGCAAAGGUGGCUUAAAUAUUCAUGAACCCCUCCCUUUGUUGUUGCUUGUUUUCAAGCGUUUUUGAUGGUUAGAAGUUCUCGUGUGUGCAGCUAUCGAUCCACUGGCCUGUUAAAGAGUUAAAGAACAGAUUUUGUGUCUCUCUGGAGCGCCAGCCUCUCCCAUGGGUGGAGGGAUGGACUGAGAACAUCUGCGAUGGCCGACUCCUGCAGAGACACACCAGUGUGUGUGUGCAGGGUUGAGUGGUCUGUUACCUAUAGAAGCUUUAGAGGAAGCGCACUCCCAGUUUAUUUCUUCCUUUCUCUCUCAAAUAGACAUGUAGUCAUUUCUAAGCAGGCGGCUGCGCAGGCAGAAACCAAGCUUCCAUUUUUAUUCAAUAAAAGCUGUGUGGCUGAAAAUCCUUUGAGUUUAUUUGCAUCUCUGCAUUUUAACCAUUUUCAUCAUUUCAUCUUCAACUCGGAGACUCGGAGAUGUGCCCUCCUCUUAGGUGAUACUCAUAAAAACGACAUACUUUGCACCACAGCCUCUGCAAAUGAAAUGAUAAAUGAGUGAUGAGCAGAAGCGCACUGAUGCUGCACUGCUCACAGCCUGCCGUCUCAUUCUGUGUGGUUGAGCGUCUCCCUCCAUACCUUCAUUAUUAUUGUGCUCUGCUGCCUCCCCUUAUCCUUUUUUUUACUCCUUUGGCCAGUCGUGUCUCAUUUUACUUCUCUGCAGCUCCAUCUUUGUGCUCCACUCUCCAUUCUCCCCAGUGAAGCGUGUCACAGUCUGGUCAGAUUUCUUGGUAACGGAGCCUCUCAGAGGGAGAUGCUACCCAGAUCAUAAAACUCGCUUAAAAUAUAGUUUGUAAAGCUGUGCAUUGUGUGAGUGAGGCUGAAGAGCAAACUAAGGAAACUGAUCUCAAACAAAGUCAGGCUUUUAGUGGAAAAAAUAGCAGUUGGCUGGUUUUUGGACCGGUUUAAAUAUAAACACAGAUUUUAAAAUGAUUUCAUAUUCUUAGUAGAUCUGAACUGGAAAAACAGAACAGGUAGAAGGCUGGCUUUUAGAAAGAAAAUGCUGGCAUUAACCAAAUAUUUGUAGAAACAACAACAAAAACUGAUAUAUACACACUCUGGCCACUUCAUUAGGGACACCUUUCUAGUACACGCACAAACGAUUCCUGAGAAUUUGUUGGUUACGUCCAAGAUGUGAAUCUCCCGUUCCACCACAUCCAAAGGGGCUCCGCUGGAUUGAGAUCUGGUUACUGUGGAGGCCGUUUGAGGACUCGGUGUCAUUUUCAAGAAACCAGUUUGAGAUUAUUUGAGUUUUGUGACGUUAUCUUGCUGGAUAUCUGGUGUGUGUCCUUUUAUGACCAUACAUAUGAAGGGAUGGACAUGGCAAACUUACAUACAUGCUUCCCUUAGCUAGUAUUACUAGAGAACACUGCAUACAUUUUCAUUAUUAUGCAGAUGAUAUCCAUCUUUAUUUAUCCAUGAAGCCAGAUGAUACAAUAAAGAGAUUUCCUGCUUCUAAAUUCAGAUCAAACUGAGGUUGUUGUUCUCGGCUCUAAAACCCUCAGAAAUACACAAUCCAACCAGAUGACAUUACCUUUCCCUCCAAAAACUCUGCGGCGGGCCUUGGAGUCGUUUUUUGACCGCCUCUCAGAAUGAUGCUGAAAAACUACUUUGCGCAUUUAUCACUUUUCUCCCAUAUUAAUGUCUCUUUAUUGGCUCACUGUUAAAUUCAGGUUCACAUUUAAAAUCCUUCUCCUCACAAGGCCAAGGUCUGUAAUAAUAACAAUCAAGCCUCAUCUUAUCUUGAAGACCUCGUACCACAUGACCUCAUGUUUGUCUUUUUCAGACUGUCCUCUGUAAACAGAGAUGGUUGUUUAGGAAAAUCCCAGUAGAUCAGCAGUUUGUAAAAUACUCAGACCGUCCGUCUGCGCCACGUGCAUUCAUUCAGUCUGAACUUCAGCAGGCUGAUGUAACCAUGUCUACAUGCCUAAAGUCAAUGAGUUUCUGCUACGUGAUUGGCUGAUUAGAUGUGUAGAAAUAUCAAUGCUAUAAAAAAGUAAUAUCACAAUUAAUACUCAAAGGCUGUCCUUUAAUUUUAUAAUAACUGCUGUAUUUGCUUUCAAAACAUUGUAGUUUACUGUGUUAUCUUGACUGAAGGGGUUUAAUGAAUAUUAAGCAUUAAGAAAAAGUUAAAUAUAUGAAAGCUACCUUUCAGGCUAUAGCUCUAACCUCCACCAAACAGAGGAAGGCAACACUUAAAGCAAAGAAGGCACAUGAAUCCCUGCUUGAUCGCUCUCUUGAUUGCUGGAGCGUUUUAAAGACGACCGUGGCAUUACAAAAACCUUACAUAGUCAAUAUAAAGUAAAAAUGUUUCCAUUUGCUUUGCUUUUUCUGACUAAUUUGCAUUUAGUUACUAUGCUAUACCCUGACUACGUGAAUACAUGUGAAGAUGUGCAUCAGAUUUUUAGAUUUUGAUUCGUCUGUGGGAGUUUACAGGCUUUUGAGUCGAAACAAUAAAACCUUUUCUAUGUUAAAAUGUCUGAUUCUUUAAUCUAAAUGGGGUUUCUAUUCCAUUUCCAAUGUUUCAGCACAGCAUAUGUAAAAAAACAAAAUAAAAAUCAGACAAUAGACAAAACAGGAAGUGUCUGUGCAGCAUAAUGCAGUCCGGCACAACAUCCGAUGAGGCUUUUAUGCAGCUUGAGUCACAAAGAUAACUCAUGAAAAGAAUUUAAACUCAGCAGAAAACUGAACGUGGAAACGAAGACGAGAACAGGAACAAACGCGUCAGUGGGAGUCGGCAGAGGAGGGUCACCAUGUUUGACAGGGUAACAGAGGGAUCUGUUUCUAAUGAGUAAACAGACAGCGUACACUACUGCCAACCCACACACACACACACACUCUGUGUUGUUGUGUGGGAGAAAAUGAGAAACGUGAAACUUGCACUCGUCUCAAAGAGUUUCUCUGUUAGGAAGAAUAAGUGUCAGUGAGGUCUGGCUGUUGGUUUGGGGGGUGGCAAAACCCUAACUGCACAGAGAAAAGAGGGGAACUGGGUAUCACAUGUACCGUGUAAAGGUUUCCUAUCCUUAUGAAGUCAUAUUGAGCAAGUAAGGCUGGCCAAAAUAACAGAAACAUUACUUAUGGGAGGACUUUAGUUUCCAUCAUCAUAAUUAAAACAGUCAGAAACAUCAGCAAAGUGACCUCUGAGCCAGUUAGUGUUGCAUGUGUGGGCGAGCUGUGUCGUGGUUUAUACUUUAUCAGAUAUGGAUUCAUAAAUUUUCUGCCCAGCUGAUACAGUAUAGCUGAUGUAAGCACAGUUUAUAUAUAGCCACGCCUCGAUACUUUCAUUACACGUGUUUGUAGGCAGGAUCGGAGUACACAGUCACAAAACGACUCAACUCUCCCAAAACCCGAUUGCUGAAAUGACCCUGUCACUAAUGAGUACUUGCAACAAGCUAACUUGUUAAGUAGUAGUUUACCAGCUGCACUGCCAUAGAUCCACGUGCUUCAUAAUGAUCUUAUUUUUGAUUAGUGGAGAACAAAAGCAAACCAAACUCUAGCAAAGAGAAGCUGGUUUUAAUAGAUUUCUAAUGACGCUGCUGGACCAACGUGCAAAGAACCUUGGGAGAAGUUGAGCCCACAUAAAUCUGCCUUGCUUCUUCUCUCCCACGUUUCACACUGGUCCGAGUAUAUGAACCUAAUUACACUUGAACUUAAUAGUUGACAAAGCAGUAGCUUUUGUCUUUCAAGGCCUCGUUGAGUUAUGGGGCCACAAAGAAGUCUGUUCACAUGCAAGUAUAAUCCCAACCUUAGUGUUGCAUGUGGGCAACUUCGCUAAGAUGAUAAUGCUCUCAUAAACGCACCUAAAAAUGAUUUAAAUAACUAAAUAUGACUGAAAACAAGAAUUAAACCAAAUGGUUCCCAUGACCUCGUGAUUCAACAGCACUAAACCUGUCUGGGGUGUCCUGCGUAUUCCCUAAGACCUGGAGCGUUUCCCUCCUGCAGAUAUCCGCUUCAUUAUCCACUUAGAUGUGCUUUAGUAUUUUUAACAGCACACAAGAACAAGCGGAGCCAGCUAGAAGCGUUUCUGUGGAGCAUGGAGGAUUUUCUCGUGCACGUCAUACACACACUGUGCUCAAAUCAAACAUGUGAGUGUGCACACGCAACACAGCACACAGGAGAACUAAUCUGAUUUCACAGCCCAAAUGAAAAGUGAUGCACACAUACACACAUCCAUUAGCUAUUAUUAGGUAAAUAGGCUAAUAGGUAAACACACAGAGAGCUGCUAUGGAGACCACAAAUGUCAGGGGGACAGCAAGAAGCGCUUGAUUGUAGUGUUGAGUUCUGGGCGUGCUCACUUAGGGCAAACACCAACAGGCAGAGAUGUGACUCCUUUAUUGGAAGUCACACCUGGAGGCGAAAACUGCCUGCUAGUCAUUUUUAUCAGGUUUAUUUAGCCAAAUGUCAGGAAGUUAAUCGAUCAGAUAACGACUGGCUUCUCGGUUUGUUCGCAGCUGCUAAACAAAGUGUAGAGCAUGGCACUGCACGCAAACACUCUGCACCUGAACACGCUGUAGAAAUGUAGUGACAAAAUCACACCAGCCCCUCCUUCUCCACUGUAGCUCUGGCUGUCAGUUGUGGGUUAUUUAAUCUGUGUGAGUGGUUCGCCUGACAUUGGAAAAUGAUUUAAAAUAGAUUUAUGUCAUAAGAUCACCUACCAAACUAUUACUGCUCGUCUCUACAGUCCUUCGACGCUCCUAUGACCCUAAUAUUAACAGCCCACGGAUGAACUUUAGGUAGCUCGACGUCAUUACAUAAUUAGCACUCACCUUUGAGAAUUUCGCCUCCUUCUUCUCCCAAAUGGCUCACAUAACUGACCUGACAUUCACAUCCACAAUGCUUUACAAGCUGGACACGGCCAGGUCUGCACACCGCAGCACUUGGGGAGACCUCCAGCUACAAAACAGAAACGUCCUGAGUGCUUUUUUGUUCACGAAGCUCCUGCAAGUCAGAACAGUGGUUGGCCUCACUAUAAAUAAACAUUUCCACCUGGAAAGACUAAGAGAAUAAUGCUGUAAGACGUUCUAGAAUGAUCUUUAUUAUCCCGGUCUCACAGACAAACUGUACCAUCUUCAGUGUAAGAUUAAUACUGUGAUUACAUUCCCCAGUUUGAUGGUGCUGAUGACGCAUCCCGACGGGAUGAAUGCUAAGAAUCUUUGAUGAUGAUAGUGUAUAAAAGUGAAGGUCAACCUGAUGAAACUUUUUAAUGACAACUCAGGAGACAAAAGCUGCAGAUCCUAAAUAUAUGGAAAAAUGAUCCUCAGGAAACACUUUGCUCAUUUUGGAUCACAGUGAAUACAAAACUGAUUCCAUUUUGGACAAUUAAAAGUCCGAGUGGAGGAUUAUCCUGGGUGUAUUUGAAGUCCUUAGCAUACUGUACAUGGCAUAAAAGAUGGAUGAAGCUACCAUGACUUCAGCCAUUGGUCCUGUUUCCUGUAGUCCAGAUAAACAUUUUCCACAUUUCCACCUUCACCACCUGUUUGGCCGUGAAACCGCACAUUCAUUGGCUAAUGACUUGUCACUUACAGUUCAUUCACCACUGAAUAAAUAAUCCUGCUUUGUGAAACGCAGAACGAACCUGCAACCACACAAACUCACUUAGAUAAAGAAGUCUUCUCUGGCACUGGAUAAAAGUUACUCCAUUAAAAGUUAUCGAUAAAGGUAACUAGUUAGCUACAAAUGCUAACCAUUGCAGCAGAAUAAAUCCAGGCCUCGAACUUGUCUGUACACAUCAGUUUAAGGUAGAGAAUCCAAAGUGUGACUUAUUCGUUGGAGGGAUCGGCAAAAGCAAAGCAGUCUUUUCUUCUUUUAGUGAACUUUAUCUUCACAGAUUUCUCCUCUGAACUAACUGAAGUUUAUCCCUGAAUGCUCAUAAGCUGAAAACAAAGACGCAAACAUGCUAACGUAAUCUUACAAUCACAAAGGAUGAUCUAAAUGUCUCCCUCCACAAGGCCUGUAAACAAACCAGUCCAAGUGGUUUGGAGGAAGGUAUCAGCUUUCCAGGUCCUGCUUUGUCUAAUAACGACAUGUCAGACAGACCCCUCCCCCCAGCUGCCCUUCCCUUAGCUUUGGUGCCCUCUGUUACAGUGCAUCGCACUAGUAGCUGAUAAUAUUGUGGUAAAGACCCAGAGCACUGUAUCUGUUUCCAAUUAAGAGGUGAAAUGAGCAGGUUUUUAACAAGGUGACUGUAACAGCGCUCAGCUUCCCUUCACAUGGGUGUGAAAGUAUUUGUCAGCAGGGAGUGAGGAGGUUAUGGGUGUGGGAACCUUACCUUAGUGGGCACGGCAGAGGGACAGUCACAGUCCUAAUGAUGCAACAACAGUUUGGUUCUCAUGCUUUAGACAUUGCAGCAGACAUCCUCAAAACACACUUAAUUACUUCAUUUAUUAGCAAAAGACUAAUUUUUUGGGUGAGAUUUGCUGCGAUAAAGAUCCAUCCUGAGACUUUCUGCUCGAUGUUGUUUGCGUCUUGCUUGUUUUCAGCUCGUCUCGUUGCUCUUAUUGAGUUUGAGCGAGCUGAAUUUAGCCCAAUACAAAUCACAUUACACUUCAGAGUGAAUGAUUGCAUUUAGCUCAUUGGAAUCAGCCUUUACUGUUUUUUACUGAAUGAAGCUUUUGAUUUUUAGGCAUGUUUGUUGGCUUGUAAUGUGUUCGAUCACUUGACUCGGUGUAAGCUUGCAAUAACUCAAUCAAACGUCCCUGCGUUUGCUGUGGAUUCCCCUCCACUGGCCUGCAGGGCUGUGGCUGCAGGAGUGAAGAGGUUUAAAGCAGCUUAAACUGUCACGCCAGCCCAGAGCUACAGACUGUUUCCUUAUUCUCUUUCACUGAGUCUAUAAAAGAUGAGGCUUGUCCAGUCUUGAUCUGUCUUUCAUAAAGUAAUCUCUCCAAAGUCCCUCAAUCAUUUAUAUUCUUUGCUCUCUCGUGUGGGAUAUAUAUUCAGCCACUAACAUGCUCUUAACUUUGUCAGUGUCGAGUCUGCCCCACAUUCAGACAAAGAAAAGGACAGCCGUGUGUACUUUGGUGCAUUUUUAGACCAGGGCCUGAUGUCACGCUAACCGCGCGCCGGGUUGUCCUCCGUCAGUCAUGCCCUCCAUGAGCUUAGACAUGGUACGGUGCCACCAUGCACCAACUUUGACGUAGCUUGGACGACAAACAUGUUUUUGUUUCAGGUCUGACGGUUUUCUUCCGGAGCUGCUGACUGUAAAAGCAAGCAAGAGCUGAAUGUUUUGGAGCUGGUGCAGGUGGGCAUGGUUACCUGAGAGGAAGUGGUAAACAGGAAAAAAGUCAGUUUAGAUCAAACACAGAGGCUUAAAGGGAUAAAGAAGAUGUUGUAUUUCACAAAGUUCUCCUUGUGCAGCACUGCAGCCUCGACGGUCAAACUAUGGAGCAGCUUUAAGAUGCUCAUCAGGUCUGAGACAGGGCCACACAUCCCAUUAUACCACACGCUGGAUAAACUGUACAUACAGUAUGUUACAUCAACAAGUAGUCUGACGAGGGGUUUGUGCACGUUUUACUAUGACAUGGCCACAACAAAUCACUUCCUGUUCUACAGUUUUAAAACUCCCGAUUGGCUGAUUCCUUUCUUAGUGUUUUAUUUUUGUUGCUGCUCAUCUGAUGCCAUUGUGGGUAUUUACCAUAACUAGUCAUGUGAGCUGUGAUGUGCACGAAUAACAUCAGUUGUGAAAUAGUGUCAGGAGGUUUGUUAUCUUCAUGCUAUAAUAAGCUGUAAGCUUUUGAAGCAGUUUAUGGGCUUUUAAAAUGACAUAAUGUCUUAUAUGUUUUCAACCUGUAGCUUUGUAUUGUGUUGUUUUUUACAUCGUAUCAUAACCAAUCACAGCCGCGUGAUUCUCUCAUGCAUUUCGUAUGUGUGCAGAAUCCGUAAUCAUUUCAAUGAUGACUGAUGGAUAACAUAAUGCUGUCUUAAUAAUCCCUGCUUCAAAGCUCUGGGAGUUGUGGAUAUCCUUUAACAACUUCGCUGCACUUACCUUGAAAUGAUUCAUUUUGCAGAUGGUAAUGAGUGCAAGUAUAGAUGGAUGGAGGCAGGCAAUCAACCACAGAAAGAAAACUAUGCUUUCCCUGAGGCAGUUUUAGGGAAGUUAUAUGUGAUGACAUUCUGCAAACUAACAUGGAUUACAUCCUUUUUUUAAAAACUGGGUUAACAAGAACCAUUUUAUUACUUUUUGUUGUUAUGCUGGCUUCAGGUGCCGACACUUAGCUCUAUACUUAUCUUACAGUCCCAUCCUGUUUAUCACACGGCCGUCUCAAUCUUUUCUCACAAGCAGGCAAACAAAAGAGUAAUUCAGCUCAUCAGUCUGUGGGAGCCUCGUGACAGUUUCUUCACCUACAACUCAAGUGAUGAGCAAACACAUCCAGCUCCCCUCACUGCUCGGUAAUGAACGAUCGUGCUGCAGACAGGCAGUCAGACAAACACAUGAUGCAACGUGUGGAGGACACGUCUGUCAAAUAUGUCGUUUCCCACACCGCUGAAUCCAUGCAGCUUUAUAUAUCGUCUGAUAUCAGACAAAAAACAGUAUAUUCAUCAUCUUCAACUCUGACACAUAUCUUGCACGUCCACAGUUUAAAAAGCAUUUUAAAUGAUGCUCGACUCAAAAAAAAAAUAGAAUUACACUAAAAGAACUGAUAAUGUAAGUGCAUGUAAAUCAGGGGCUUUAAGUGCUGUGUCUGUCCUUUAAAGACCCUAAUAACAUUGCUGCAAAAGGGUGGCCGCUGUGACACACUUUGCUCGUCUAAGCCAUUGAUUUCUCAUUAGUUAGGCCCUCAGGAGUGUACAAGCUAUCACUUGGAUCAGCCCUGUUGUAUUCAAUUAAAAGCCUUUCCAACACACCCUGGAUUUUUUCUACCUUAUCUUUAAGUGCAUAUUUUUUCUGUUGCGUGAGCUGCUGCCAUGGCCUCUUUCAUUUUGGCUGCCAUAUUUAGAAACAAGUAAGGAGUUGUUUCAGGGUGUGGCAGUGGUGGCUCUGAUUAUAGCCCUCCCUUUGUCUCACAUGCACCUUAUGACAUCUCCUUCUUUGUGUUCAUGAAUGCUGCGCACACAAAAACCGUGUUCCCAGCACCUUCUGCCUAACCCUGCCAGCCUUUCAGACAGCUCUAUGAGAAAAAUGUCUUCCAGCCACAGCAAACCAUUAGGGCUCACAUCUCAAAUCAGUUUGGUAAUUACACAUGGACGCUGAACAGGCCAGCUCUCACAUCUCAGCACCUCAUAUAGUGGUAAUAAUGGCCAGAUCACAGCCUACAAAAGGCAGCUAUGAGAAGGGUGUGAGCAUCGCUUAUCGGGGAAUCUGCAGCCCCCUCCCUGCGUCUCACGUACAGUAACACACACUCACAUAGAAAUGCACAAACUGUGACGAUCCUAUUAGAGAAGCCACAAUGGCAGAACAAAGCGAUGACAGUCGGAAUAGCUGGACCGGGGGUGUUGAGAAGCCUCAUUUAAGAGGCGAGGAAGGAGGACUGAGGUGUGGAUGUGUGUCACUAUGUGUGUUGUGGAAGCCCACAUUUCUGGCUGAGCUCAAUGCUUUUUGCUCCCCGUUGUGUUUUAAAGCAAUAAACUGACAAUACCAAUAUUUCAUUUCACCGGCCCUGUCCUCACUCCUCAGUGUGUUCGCAGGAGUGGCAAAGUCAGGACCGUCGUCUUGUGCCAGGCCGACAGACAAACACAGAGGGGAUGAUGGGCGGCAGGAUGACCGUCAGAGCCAAUUACGUUUAAUGAGAUGUGGAGUGACCAGAGCUCCCGAACGCUGCCAGAUGACACAGGGAGCUUCCGAAUGUAUCCAGGAUUCUGCCCUGGAAACAUUGUGUGCUGGGAUUGGUAGCAUGUCACUGGAAAGACUGAUAAUGGUUGCCCAGUUGAUUAUUGCACUACGUUUGAUUACCAAUAAAAAGAUGUGAAUCAGUUCAAAGGCAACAAGUUCCAUUUGUAAUGAUUCACAUUCCCUAACAACCUAAUUUGUCUCUGAAAUCCUUUGACACUCCUGCAGAUGCAUAUUAAGAUAUGUUGAUUUCACAACAACAUGCUUGGUUAACUGGAGCUAAAAUCCCCAAGGCUAUGUACAUCCAACCAAGGGGGAUGAAAGGCUGCUUGUUGUGAUGACAGAUCCUGAUCAGACUGUGAUGAAAGGAGUAGAAAUACUGUAUCUGCUUCUACGACAGGCACCGUGGCCACAGCUGUAAACUGGCUGAUAUGGAGACUGGACAGGGCGGGCUGGGCUGGCACACCUGGCCAAAGAGCCACGUUAUGAAACUCAAGCUUUGUGCCAGUUGCGAGGGAGUUUUAAGGAAGCAAGGCCAUGACGGUCAUGUUAUCAGUAAUCUGAGACAUCUCGACAAAGAAGGGUAGAAAGAAAAUGGAACAAAGGACUUAAAUUUAGUCCAAGAGAAACAGCGACAGUGGCAGCUACCCCAUGAUUUCUGAGUUCCUGAGGAAAACAAACCUGUUCCCUAUCACACUGCCUAUCAGUUCAUCAGACCACGUGACAGUCAGGGUUGUCACUGUUAUGUAAAAGAUGCCUUGUUCACCUUUUCCAAGGCAGGACAUGCUUCAGGUGAAGGACUGUCAUGGAGAAAAGGCUUUAAACUCAACUACUUGCCCCAAGAAAGUUUAGUUAAUGCUGGAUUUAAAUCUUUGCAGAAUGAUUGAAGAGUUCAGAGGAAAGAGUGAAAUGCUCACGCCUGUUCUGACUGUGGUCAUAAAUGCAGAUGGAAACAAAUAGUUUGGUGUCAGUGACCCAAUCAGUGCGAUUCAUAUCAGGAUGAUUCUCACACCGAUUGCCUCCCAUACCUCAUCUUAUAUAAUAACUAACUAACAAUCCAUAAGUUAACUUUAAAAUAUAGUCUACACAUUUAAUGGCUAUUUACAUUAAAUCUAUAAUUGCAUAUGUUUAACUGCAGUAUCAUUUUCUUCACCUGAAGCCCCGACGAGCCCUCGGCCCCCCUUACAUCAGCGUUAUUCUCAGCUUUCUAUGUGUAAUUAAAUACUGCAUUAGGCAAGAAGAUGCUUAUAAACACACAGUAUAAAAUAUGAUCAUUUUCACAGAUUAUAUCCAUAACAUCCCCAAACUCAUUUUAAUCUUGGUGCUGACGAUGUUUCCUUCUUUUUUAAAGUCUUUUGAUUGAUUGAUUUUUUAUCUGUGUGGUCCUUUACAGUUCUUUUACUUUCACCAACUUUCCAUCAAAAGGUUUUAGCAGUCACUUCAAAUCAAGCUUAGGCUUUAACCCAGGACACCCAAGAAGUUUUUUUAAUUGAAGUUUAUUUAACAAUCAGAGAACAGCCAGAUUAAAUAAAGUUCAGCGUCUUUUUCUCUUUUCAGUCUGACUACAGGAAGCUGUCUUCACAGGCUGAGCUGUGCUCAUGAAUAAAGUGUAAAAUCUGUCCUUUUGAAUAAAGGGAAAGGAACACUUUUCUGAUAGUUUUGAGGACCCUAAAGUCCUUCUUCGUGACCCCUAAAAAGUCCACGAACCACAGUUUGAAACACCUUGGUUCGUCACACGGUUAGAUUUCCUUCCACGGUACUCCAUGUUGUAGUCUAUUCAAGGCUCUCGGCCAUCCCCCCUCUCCAUGUCCGUGGGAAGGAGGAGUUUAACCCCACAUUGCGAGGAGUCCGCAGUCUCUUGGCGCUCCGACCCGGGAUCGUUUGGCGUGGACACGGAGGGAUCGUGGAAUUAGCUCCGAGAAACGCAGACUUUUUAAUGCAGCGCUGGUAUAUUAAGAGUUUUCAGAGAGGAGGACGCAGGAGUGCUGCGGGGAAUGUGUUUCACGGGUGGAAGCAUUAGCCGAUGAGCCAGACGACGGAGGAAUGAGUUUAUUUUGAGAAAUGAGGCGGAGAGUGGCGCGAACAUAGAAGCUCCAGUCUGAGACGAGGCUUCAGAGGGCAGGAUGGGAAAUUCAGAGAGCCAGUACAGCAUUCAGGGUCCCAAAGGCACCAGCUUUAUCUUCCCCGGGAAACAGAAGCCAUAUUCAUUAAAGCUAGGCUCAGCCAAAGGUGAUGCGCUGUCUCCUCAUUCGUGGUGGAAAAAUGCUCCGGUAGGCUCAGGGUACAAGGCCAGGUGCGUUGGCCGUGGCUGUCUGUCGCCUCCUAAAAGCCGACAGCCUUACUCUGCCCGACUCUGUGACUACGUCUCCAAAGGAGUGAGGGGAAGCCCGGCUCAGCACCGCUGGCAUCGGUCCCCUGGAUGCGGCAUAAGGAAGCGGCACAUGUCAGACGAUGAUAAUCCAUACGGGGUCGAACUCAACGGGCACGCCCUGAACGGAGAUGAUGACGAGCACGAGGUUUUAGGGGAACAAAGCAGCCCGCGGGUGGUGAUCAAAAAGGACGGCACGCUCAGGGUGGAGUUCACCAACACCUCGGGGAAUCCUCUCCACCUGGAUGAGCCCACUGGCCCGGUCCAACUCCUCAAGUUCUCCCCCAAUGUGGAGUCGGCAUCGACUCCCAGUCUGCCUGGGUCCAGUGGCAGCAGGCAGGAUGGUCAUCACAGCGCUCCGCUUCCAGCCUCUACUUCCUCCACAGCCAGAACCAGCAAAGGCAGCUCACUGAGCUCUGACGGCUCCUGGUAUGACUCCCCCUGGGGGCCGAGCACAGAGCUGUGUGAGCAGGACCAGCCUUGCUCUGCCAGCAGAACGUUAGCACACUCCCCCAUUCACCAAAUUGUCUCCUUUGCAGAACAGUCCCCCCCUUUGUCCAUCACAGAUCUGUACAAAGACCCCACAAUGGCUGCGACUUUCCCCACAGCCAGGGACUUGUCCUCCCAGCUACACGAGCCUCCACCGGGCCAGAGGCCACACCGAGCGUCCUUUGCGUCCGUCCUGGACGUUCCUUUGGAAGAAGAAUGCCCAGAGCCCCGCCAGUACUCUUCGUACACCCUGCCCUGUCGCAGGCCCAAAUCGCACACCGUCAGCGAGAACCUGGACCAGUACCGUGACCAGGGGCAACGGCAGGAACAGGUGGGGCCGGAUUUCAUCUUCCAGAAGAAAGACUCCAUCAAAAACCGCAUCAGACGCUUCAGUGACUGGACGGGCAGCCUCAGCCGCAAGAAGAGGAAGUCUCAGUCUCAGGAACCCCGGUACAAGGACCUGAGUGAUACGUUUGACAGUGGGGUGGAUGGUCUGACUGCAGACACCAGCUCCCCCUCCCAGGUCUCCAGCCUCCUCUGGUUUCCCGGAGCCUCCAGGGCCCAAUCUUCAGGAGCCAUUCACCAAACGACCAACGAUGCCCUUCGCCAGAACAUCUACGAAAACUUCAUGAGGGAGCUGGAGACGGGUACCGGGCAGGGAGGAGGUGAGAGAAGAGUGCCGUCCACCGGCACCGAGGAAGACGAGAGCAGCAGCGAAUCUGCCGAAGGCUCGCUCGAGCAGCUCGACCUGCUGUUUGAAAAAGAGCAGGGGGUGGUUAGACGGGCCGGCUGGCUUUCCUUCAAACCCCUCGUUACCCUGCACAAGGACAGGAAGCUGGAGCUGGUGACGCGGCGCAAGUGGAAGCAGUACUGGGUGACCUUGAAAGGGUGCACAUUGCUGUUCUAUGAAACUUACAGUAAAGGCUCUCCGGAACAGGAGCUGUCGCCCCGCUACGCCCUCCUGGCCGAGGACAGCAUCGUCCAGGCUGUUCCUGAGCAUCCCAAGAAGGAGAACGUGUUCUGCCUCAGCAACUCGUAUGGAGACGUCUACCUCUUCCAGGCCAGCAACCAGACCGACCUGGAAAACUGGGUGACGGCGAUCCACUCCGCAAGUGCCUCGCUGCUGGCCAAGCGCCAGGGGAAGGAGGAUACGGUGCGCCUGCUGCGGAGCCAGGUCCGCGCUCUGCUGCAGAAGAUCGACAUGGACGGGAAGAUGAAGAAGAUGGCCGAGCUGCAGCUGACCGUAGUCAGCGAUCCAAAGAACCGCAAAGCUAUUGAAAACCAGAUCCAGCAGUGGGAGCAGAACCUGGAGAGAUUCAACUUGGAUCUCUUCAGGAUGCGCUGCUACCUCGCAAGUCUGCAGGGCGGAGAGCUGCCCAACCCGAAGAGCCUGCUCGCCAUCGCCAGCCGCCCCACCAAAACCACCCUGGGACGCCUGGGGAUUUUCUCAGUCUCCUCCUUUCACGCACUGAUCUGUUCCAGAGACGAAGCCACAGUCAGGAGGCGCUCCCUGUCCCUGACUCACAGACAGCGCAAAAGAGGCCUGUUCUCCUCCCUGAAAGGCCUCGACAACCUCACGAGGAGAGGCCGUGACAAGAGACCUUCUGUCUCGCAGGUCUUUGAAAGCAAUGCUGGAGGCCAAUCGUGCGCCCUGCCUCCCAGGAGCACCGAGGAAGAAGGAAAUAUAACAAACGUUCAUAGCGGGGCGAAUAUUUCAGUCCUUAUUAGCAGAAAGGCUGAAGGUUGGAACAAACAUUACCAGAGGCUGGACGUGCUGACGAGUAUAUACUCCAUGUCGCCCCCCGAGGGCGGUCUUUGGGACAGCGUCAGCAGUGCCGCAGAUGCGCUGAUGUGUGUCUACAUGCCAGACGGGCUGACGGUCCAAGUUCCCAUCAGAAGAGACCAGGCAGCUGCUGACCUUCUCUGUGCAGCGUGCAAGGUGAAACAGCUGGACCCGGGCGCGCACUGCCUCCGACUGCACAGGCGAGCGGGGCAGCACGUGGAGGUUCGAUACGUGGCUCCCGGAGAGCUCCUCCGUGAUGUGGUCAAUGAUCAGUUGGAGGUGGUCCCGGCUAAUGUGUUUACGCUGCACAUGAGCAGGCAGAGCGGCAGCGGCGACUUCGGUUUUGCAGUAACAGGAUACGCAGACAGCCAGAAGAACAGCAGGGUUUUUGUCAGCGAAGUGCUCCCUGAUGGCCUGGCCUUCAAUGAAGGUCUGCGUCCUGGCGAUGAGAUCCUGGUCCUGAAUGGUCGGUGCGUCCCCGGUCUGGACCUGGCAUUGAUCCAAAUGCUGUUUGCUGAACAAACUGUGCACCUGAGCCUGAGGCGGGAGGGCCCCGUGCUGCCACCUGUGACCUCUGACCAUCUGGCUCCUCCCACUAAACACAGCCAGGAAGUUCGAAGUAAACACCACCGAGCCAAGUCGUCCUCAGAUGUUUGUACUGCAGCUGGCGAUGGCGAAUCUCUGUACGUAGGACUGGAGGAUGGUCGCUCCCACUGCGCACACAGGCCUGUUCAGCACAGCAAGAGCGUGGACACAGUGUGCACUCUCUACCACUCCUUCCAGGAAGGGUCAGGCUCGGGCAGCGGGGGUCUGAUGGAUCACGGCGGGGAACCCUCGGUGAGGCAAGGAGGGGAUUUGGGCUCGAGCCCUACGGGAGACGCUGCCCUGCUCAGACCUUGCCCCAAGCAUAUGACGGCCACAGAGAGGUUACGCAAGGUCAUCCAGGAGCUGGUGGACACGGAGAAGUCCUACGUGAAGGACCUGACCUGUUUGUUUGAGAUCUACUUGCAACCUCUACAGAAAGAAACCUUCCUCACACUGGAUGAGAUGGAGAGUCUGUUUGGCAGCCUGCCUGAGAUGCUGGACUUCCAGAGGGUCUUCCUGCAGACCUUGGAGGAGAGAAUUGCCUCGUCACCUGACUUUAGCACCCUGGAGACCCCCUCGCAGUUCAAGAAGCUGCUGUUUUCCCUCGGGGGUUCAUUCCUCUACUACGCCGAUCACUUCAAGCUCUACAGCGGCUUCUGUGCCAACCACAUCAAGGUCCAAAAGGUCCUAGAGAGAGCCAAGACGGAUCAGACCUUCAAAGAAUUCCUCGAUGCCAGGAACCCCACCAAGCAGCACUCUUCCACCCUGGAGUCCUACCUGAUUAAACCAGUGCAGAGGGUGCUCAAGUACCCCUUGCUGCUGAGGGAGCUGGUCUCCCUUACCGACGGCGACAGCGAGGAACACUACCACCUCACCGAGGCCCUGAAAGCCAUGGAGAAGGUGGCCAGCCACAUCAACGAGAUGCAGAAGAUCUACGAGGAUUACGGCUCCGUGUUCGAUCAGCUUGUUGCCGAGCAGACUGGCCAUGAUAAAGAGGUCACAGAGAUCUCUAUGGGAGAGUUUCUCAUGCAUUCCUCUGUGGUCUGGCUCAACCCUCAUCCGUCGCUGGGCCGCAUGAGAAAAGACCCCGAAAUGACCGUGUUCGUGUUCAAGAAAGCAGUGAUAUUGGUCUGCAGGGAAAACAACAAGCUGAAGAAAAAAAUGGCCAACCCUCGUUCGGCGCUCUCUCACGGAGAUUCGGACCCCUUCAAGUUCCGCUGGCUCAUCCCGCUCUCGGCUCUGCAGGUCAGAUUGGGAAAUACUGCAGGAACAGGUACGCAGAGCAGCUAUAUCUGGGAGCUGAUUCACUCCAGGUCUGAAGUGGAGGGGAGACCAGAGACCGUCUUCCAGCUGUGCAGCAGUGUGCCUGAGAGCAAGGUCAGCAUCAUCAAGGUGAUCCGCUCCAUCCUCAGGGAGAACGUGAGGAGGAACAUGAAGGGCGAGGGCACGCUGGAGAGGAGCUGUAAGGAGCACCUGGCUCCUCUGAGGAGCACCCUGCCUUCCUCCGCCAGGCUAGGUUCCUCCAGAGCUUCCUGGUUGUGCAAGCAGCCGCCUGCAGAGCUCUCCACCCAGGGCGAGGCUCCGAAGCUCGGGCCAGACUCUGACGAGGGAAGCCUGAGCAGUGGAACCUACAGUUUGUCUGGGGCUCCUCCAGCCCGCGUGUCCUCCGACUCGCCCAUCUUUCCAGUCCAGCAGAACUGGUCUCAGACACACUGCUCCAACUCUCAACCCCGCUCCACCUCUGUGAAAGAGUCUGACAUUUUGAGCGACGAGGACGACGACGGCUUUAGCGAGGGGGGGACGAGGAGGGACAGCGGAGACAGCAGCUCCCCAACUAGUGCAAUUGAAGCUCAGUUUCUCCAACUUAAACUGUCGGAGGAUUCUGCAUCAGAAGGUGCACCGGCCCCCCGCGUUCAGCCCGAGGGUGUUGGCGACACCCCGGAGAUGCAACCCAAACUAGUGCGAGGCCACUUCACAGCCGUUAAGAGGAAACCGUGCAGUUUCAGGAGGAGCCCGGGAGCCCUGUUGAAGAUGAAGGAGCAGAGCAGGUCACUGGACAGCCAGACGGAUGCAGCGCUGCCGUGUGGAGCCAUGGACCUCAACACGUUGCUGGAGAGAGAGUUCAGCGUCCAGAGUCUGACCUCAGUAGUGAACGAAGACUGUUUCUAUGACCCAGCUGAGAGCGGUGCCACCGGCGCCUCGUCUCAGGUGUCAGCAUAGACGGGGCAUACAGUACCUGGGCUACUUUAGUGGCCACCGAGGCGAUGACUGCGAAGCUGUGCAUGAACUUCAAUACCUUACAGAUUUAAGUCUCACACUCGCCCACACAAGGUUAGAUGCAAACGACGUGUUCUGAUGGCAGCUCGUCGGCUGGGACUGUGGCUUUCUUCCCCUAGAGAGGCAAAGCGCAGUGAUGAUGACUACAAUGAAUCUGCCAAGCACUGAUGUGUGUCUGCAUCGUCCUCAGCUCUCUGGGCUCUGCCUCCUCCCCACAAACCAUCAGUGCGACGCGUUCCAUUCAAGUUUGCCCCGCAGCUGCUGCUGAUUGGCAGUUUUUAUUCGGUUCUUGACCUUUUUCACGAAGAAUGUCCUCGUCUGUCACUCCCAAACGUUGAGAGGCGGUGAAAUCCACAGGACGCUGAGUUGAGUUUCUCAGGCAGACACUGGUAAUUCGGCAAAGCUUGCCAGGCAACAGGCUUUUGUAUCGAUUCUGUGAAACCAAAAGAAAACGAUUAAUACACCGAACGUUGUACGAAUUUCACUUUAGUACAAAUAUGAAAGGAGGCACUGAAGAAGAAAAAGGUGAUCACAGACGCACCCACAGAGCUGCAACGGUCAAGUGAGACUUCCUGAGAAUAGGAGGCAUCAACUACGCCUUUUUUUGCUGUAUUUUGUGCACUAAGAGUACACUGUUUGCCUACAUAUUUGAAAUAUCUGUACAGGUUGUAUUGUUAUUACUGCUGUUUUUAAUUUAUUUCUGGGUUUCAUUAUGUUUAUUUUAUCCUCUUUGGGUUAAGGCUUGAACUCGAGGCUACAGAUUCGGUCGACUCUUAAAUGAGAGAGAACAGUUUGAGAGUUAAUCACUUCAUUUUUAAAUGCAGCUACUGGAUUUGGUUGUGUUUCGCUCCAGAUUGUAAUUUCUUGCAUUGGGAUGUCCAUGUUUUUACUCAGAUGACCGAUUUAAACUGCAAUAAUGUUUAAAACCCGAUGAUUUUAAUGUUUGUAUGUAUCCUGUAUAUAUAAUCUUUUCUAUCUUUGAUACGUUUAUGUAUACUCAUACAUACUUGACACUGUACAGAAACGAAACAGGAUCUUGCAGUAACACAGUUGAUAUUUUUGUAAAGAGCGUUUGCCGUUACAUUAAGUACAUGUUUGUACUAAAAAAAAGGCAAACCACUCCAUGCUUUACCCUUUCAGCUGAACUCUACCAUGCCUUUAAUGCUAGCAUACCAAUGAAUGUGAAUGCUCCAUUCUGAUGGAACUGUUUUAUAAAUAAAAGUAUAUCUGUGAAAA